CCGGUGGGCGAUUGGGUUUUAAGAGGAUAUGUUUCCACUACGGAGCGACAUAACCCGCUUCAACUUUCAUCAUUACAGACAUUCUAUACGUCGUUAGAAAGGGUAGAAUCUCCACAAUUUAUUCAUCCGGUUGUUUUUUCUAUAAAUCAUGAGCACAAAACCAUAAAUCAUUGAUAUUUACCAGCAUGGUAAACCGGAAAUGCCAAAAAACAGAGCAACUCCCUACCUUUGAAGCAAUCUGAGAACCGUAAUAUGUGUCCAUUCCUCAAUUAUUUAUAUUCCAAUUGUCCGUGAGAAUCCACUGAUCAAAAGCAUCAAAAUGGUUUUUCAUAAAAUUAUUCCAGCUUGUGAAUAUCGUUGUGUAUAGUCCAUUUGUUUACCAUCUCCAAACUUUGUUCGUCAACUAACAUCCAGACGUUCGCAGCCGUAUCGAUAUUUUCUCUACCUCCAGUAUGGAGUUGUUGGGUAUGCUUGUUUUCAUCACUUUGCUGGCUACAAAAUAAAAGUGUCCCCGUCUUUUUCUGUUCAGUUUUCACCCCGGUACAGCCCGUGAAGUAGAUGGAGCGCUCCCAGUUCGAAGGGCCAAUGGGCUUUGUUUACUUUGUUUCGCGGCUUUAGUAUAGGGACAGCGUAUUGGCUAUUGAUAUAUAAAUCACUUGGGCUUCUAGCCAAUGAGUUUACCUUUCCAACGCUGCCAGGCGUGUCCAGGUGUGAUACGUAUGAGCCGAGAUAUAAAGCUGCGUCAACACGGCAGACAACUCACUUUGCGCAGGAGAGAGCCUCCAGAGGACCAGGACGCACAACUCAAUUGCCCCUUUAAAUUUUGUUGCACAGCUUUCGCCAUUUACAAUGGCGAAAACAACGAAGAAAACCAAAUAUUAUACUCAUGAAGAAGCCCUCGCGUUGAUUUUGGCUUCAUCCGAGGACAGCGAAGACAGCCAAUAUGACUCUGAGAGAGAGGAGAUGUUCGAACAACAAUUAGACGACGUCUUAGAUCGGUCAAUGUCUGAGGACAGUGAUGCAGAUUGGGAGCCGCAAAGCCAGACAGGCAGACGCCCGACCCCCACUCCUACUGAAAGUGGUCGUCAGAAGCGUCAGAGAUCGCACUCUGCAGCCACCAGUGCUACCUCCCCCGCUGCAUCGUCCACCGCCACACCAACGACUGGCCGUUCCCGUGCUGCACGACGUGUUCGGGGGAGGGGCAGGAGAGGAGGAUCCCGAGGACCCUCUCGAGCACCCAGCGCCGCCACAGGGGAACAACAGUGGCGUGAUGUGGGGGAUCACAACGUCGAGCCUGCCCUCCUUGACUUCGUGCCGGUGAGACAGCCUGGACCACAGCAGCGGACCAGAGUGGCAACCAGUCCACUCGAGUUUUUCAGACUGUUCUUUACCGACGCUGUGCUCGACACUUUGACGGCGAACACCAACGCCUACGGAGCCAAGAGGCACGACGGAAAGCAAGUGGUCUGGCACAACAUCUGCAGAGCGGACAUUUACUCCUACCUCGCCAUGGUGAUCUACAUGGGGAUGGUCAAAUGCUCCUCGCUGCUGGACUACUGGAGAGGGUCCCGUCUCUACAGCCUUAUAUUCCCCCCCUCUGUGAUAUCCCGAAACAAGUUCCUGAGGAUUUCCCGGGCUCUCCACAUGAGCGACAUCACAGCAGACGAGGAGAACGUGGCUAAGAGGGGGACGCCGGCUUACGACCGCCUGUGCAAGAUCAAGCGCCUUUACAGCCACAUCGUCGAAGCCUGCAAAGCCCACUUCCAGCCGGGGCGACACAUCUCUAUCGACGAAAGGAUGGUUGCAUCCAAGGCCAGAAUCUCCCUAAAACAAUACAUCAAGAGCAAGCCCACUAAGUGGGGAUAUAAGCUGUUUGUUUUGGCAGAUUCUGGCACUGGAUACACCUGGAAUUUCUUUGUGUAUGAGGGCAAGUCACCUGGUUAUGGAAAGGGGCUGAGCUAUGACUCCGUCAUGUCAUUCUUGGACUAUGAUCUCCUUGGUACAGGUUAUGAACUUUACGUUGAUAACUUCUACACAAGCUCCCACCUUUUUCUGGACCUGUUCAAGAAGAAGAUGGGGGCUUGUGGUACCAUUCGUGCGAACCGGGUUGGUUUCCCUAAGACCACAAUCAAUGACUUCACAAGGGGCACUCCUCGGGGCGCCAUCAAGUGGAUCAGGGACAGUGAACUGCUUUUUGUGAAAUGGAUGGACACUAGAGAAGUGGUCAUAUGUUCCACCAUUCACAAGGCGUUCACCGGCGACACGGCCCAAAGGAGAGUGAAGACGGCUGGAGAGUGGGAGGUCGUCGAUGUCCCCAUUCCAGCAGCAGUCAAGGACUACAAUCAGCAUAUGGGGGGGGUGGACCUGUCGGACGCACUGAUUGGGUAUUACAGCGCUUCACAUAAGACGAUGAAAUGGAACAGGACAUUUUUUUACCAUUUUUUGGACAUUGCUAUUGUGAACGCUCACAUAUUGUACCAGCAGUGUCAGAGGGGAUCGAUGACUCAGAAGGAGUUUCGUCACGCCCUCAUCGAGGAGCUUGCGGACCUAGGAACACCAUCCACAUCCAGGCCAUCCACCUCACAGGUCGCUGCACCCCCAAACCCAGCAGCAUCCCACAAGCCGCAUUACUUGGAUGAACAGGAUGAGGCUAAGCGGGACUCUGCGGGCAGGGCCGGCAGACGGCUCUGCAAGCUGUGUCACAGAAAGACACCAGUCGGGUGUUCGACGUGUGGCGUUCCCUUGUGUUUUGUUGCCACAAGGGACUGUUAUAAUGAGUGGCAGACGCGACAAGGGAUGUAGAACGGCCCAAAGUGUCCUGACAGCGCACUGUACUGAUUUUGUACGGUACUGUCAUUUCUGUAUAUGUUGUAAAUUGUAUAUAUUUUGUUCUUGUAAUAAUGAUGUGUUCAUUCUUGUGUAUAGCUGUGAUACACAUUCUUAUACAUUUUUUGUAUAGUUUUUGUAUAUUGUUCAUAUUUAGUUCUUGUCAUAUUUUCUUAUCAUAUUUUUUUGUAUAUAGUUCACUCAUUUUUCAUAUUUUGUUAUUGGCACAAGUAGUAAUAGUAUAUUGCAGAAUAAUAAAAUCCUUGUUUGAAAUUCAGUCCAGUAUAUUCUGUCAUUUUUCUAUGAUGGUUACUAUCCGGUAGUGUCUCAUCACAUGACAAUAUCUCAAUAUGGCCAUAUCAAAUGAAUGUGUGAAAAAAUUAUGUUUUGAAUCAUGGAGAAAGGUUUUAUAGUCACCAAAAUGCUUCAGUAAUGUUUCCAGUGUCACAGAAGUGAGUAAAUGCAUUUGGCACAAUUUGGCCAUUUGGAGACAUUUUGGAGAGGUUUGUGCCGCCAGUGACAACACACCAUAAAAACUCCAUUAACUCACAAAGGUUUAGGCCUAGAACUCCAAUUUCUUCCAGGUGUAGUUGGCAUGAUGUAGAAGGUAUUUGGCAUAUUGCCAUAUGCCUUGCAUAAAGCACAUCCUAGUUAUUGUAGUUCAAUUAUGACCUAUUAUUUUCAAAGACAAAAAAAUUGCUUUAGAGCCAUGUUUGAACUGAUGUCAUUUAGGUUGUGUGUAUGAUACAUGCCAAAUAAACAUAUCUACAGAAACUAGAGCUUAGGGUUACUAGGACUUAGGGUUACUGUGUUAUAAGCUUUUCCAUUUGGGUAUGUGUAUAGGCGAAAAAAAACAAAAUACUGCCGAGACAGAACAGGAUUUAUACUGUACAUUAAUGAUAUAUGCAAAGUGUCCAAGCUACUGAAAUUAGUCCUGUUUGCGGAUGAUACAAACAUCUUCUGCUCAGGAGACGAUCUCGCUGAGCUUCUGAAGGAUCUUACUGAGGAAAUUAUCAAACAAAAAAACUGGUUUGAUUACAACAAAUUAUCCCUAAACCUGGCCAAAACUAAAAUUAUGCUAUUUGGAUAUGGUAAAAGAGAUGGUAGGGAUGGCAGGUAAAAAUGGAAAUAGAUGGGGUGGAAAUUGAAAGAGUACACGAAUUGAAGUUUCUUGGAGUUAUGAUCGAUGAUCUAAUCAGUUGGAAAUCACACAUAAAACUUGUUCAAACCAAAUUGUCAAAAAGCAUUGCAGUAAUAAACAAAGCAAAGCAGGCUUUGGAUCAUAAAUCACCCCACACUCUUUACUGUGCACUCGUUUCGCCAUAUCUAAUGUACUGUGUCGAGGUCUGGGGGAACAACUACAAAACCUCAUUAGCACCAGUAACUAUCCUGCAGAAGAAAGCGAUUCGUGUCAUUCAUAAGGUUGGAUAUUUGGACAAUACUCAUUCAUUAUUUCUACAGUCAAAAAUAAUGAAAUUCACUGACAUGGUGAAGUUUCAAACUGCUCAGGUAAUGUACAAAGCAAAAAACAACAAACUCCCAAAUAAUAUUCAAAAAUUAUUUUAUAAAAAACAGCUUAGUUAUAAUUUGAGGGGGAAACUAAAUUUUGACAGGUUCAGCAUCCGAACAACCAGGAAAGGCUUUUGCAUUUCAGUUUGUGGGGUAAAGCUGUGGAACAGUUUGAAUAUGGAGAUCAAGCAAUGUCCAAGCAUGAAACAGUUUAAAAGAAGAUACAAAGAGAUGGUUUUCCAGAGUUAAAGUAAUGAAGGAGGGCUUUGACGUCUCAUUACUUGUUAACAUGACUAGUUAACUGUGUGAUCAGCAGUGAGCUAUUGGUCUUAAGGGUGGUGUCGCGUGCUGUGGUGGCUCGGCCUUCUGCUGACUCCACAGUUGCUGUGGUGCUGGCAGUUGGAGUGGCUGACAUUUUUAGUGUGUCAGUGAGUAGGAAACAUGGGUAUGUGAAGGAUUGUAUAUGUAUGGAUUUACAGGAAAUAUAUUGGUACGUUGUGUGCAUCUAUGUGUACUGGUAUGGUGUACAGAUAUGCAAGUGUUCGUGUGUACGGUUGUGUGCAUGUGUAUUGGU